CGUGUACAUAGAAGUGUAUAAUCUACUUAGAUGACUAAUUUAACCGAGCAAAAUGUCUAAUUCGUGACAGCUGUUAAUGUAUUUUUGUUGUUGUAUUAAUGAUAGCCUACACUGUAUGGACUUCUAGCGACUUCUUGAGAGGGAUGGUUGAAUCAACCUGGAGGCUGGAUAGUUAUCGUAACGUUACUUCCUAGUUUUACAAUGCACGCCGUGGUUCAUGCAACAUUACGAGAGACUGACGUUCGACAAGCCGUGUAGAUAUUUGGACACUUCCUCAACUGACACCCUGCUGGACAAUAUGAGCGUUACCAGUAAACUGUUUCAAUGUCGCAAACCUCAAAGUUCAUCUGAGCAAAGGGAGUCUGACUUCCCAGAAUUAGUAGAAAUCCAAACCAAGCUCAAAGCCAUCCUGAAGAAAAAGUAUCAAUAUCUGAAAAUUAAAAACUCAGAAGAAGGAAGAUUUCCCAUAGUGCGCACAGACCUGGUAGUUCGACCCCGUAAAGUUGAGGAUGUGUACCGUCAUGAGUUUAGGAUAGUCGAAGAAUUCAACUGGAGCCCAGCGCCCAAACCGACCCCUGAGAAAUUCCCCACGGCUGACAUCUUUAAGUGUGGAUGUAAAGUGAGACAUUUCAGAACUUUGCUGACGAUAGGGGUGUCGGGUUCAGGCAAGAGUACACACGUUAAAAAAUGUGUUCUGGACUGGGCUGAGGGUAAAGCCAACCAAGAUGUCCAGUUAGUGUUCCUGCUCUCUUUUUGGGAGCUCAACCUGCUGAAGAAAAAGAGACUGAGCUUACUGGACCUACUUUAUAUAGUGUACCCAGAACUGGAACAACCUGGAAUUCCUAACUUGGAAAACUACAAAGUCUGGUUUGUCCUUGACGGUUUCAAUGACUGUCGUCUGACUUUAGACUUUAAGAAAACCAAGAAAGUGACCAAAGUCGAACAGUUGUCCUCUGUGGGUUGCCUUUUGACAAACCUCAUCCAAAAAGAUACACUUCUUCCCUUUGCCCACAUCUGGAUAACAUCACGAAAGUGCACCGCCAACCGCCUCCCCAUCGAAUGCAUUGACAAGGUUACGGAAAUCCACGGCUUCAAUGAUGCACAGAAGGACAAGUUCUGGGACAAAGCGAUUCAAGAUAAAGAGCUGGCAGACAAAGUGAUCUCGUGUCUGAAAAGGCACAAGCGUCUUGACGUUCUCUGCCAGAUACCCCUCAUCUCCUGCAUUUGCGCCUGGGCUUUCACCAAGAACCUUCCCAAAGCAGAAUGUGACUGCAGACUGAAGUAUACCUUAUCAAAUCUGACUCACGUCUACAGCUUGCUGUUCGAUGUGCCCCACAUGUCGCCGGGAAACCGGGAAACCGUCUCGAAACUCGAAAGGUUCGCCCUCAAGCUCUUGGAGAAAGGCAACACGAUCCUGUACGAGGGAGACCUCAAAGAGCUCAACGUCACUGCCGGCGCCGCGUCCGAGUUCGCCAGGGCCAACCCUCUUGUCAUGAGGGAAGAGCUCGGGGCCGACAAAAGCGCCGUCUUCCACUUCACCCACCUGAGCAUGCUGGAGUACCUCGCCGCGUCCGCCGUCGUCCACACGUCCGAACGGACGGCCGUCUCCGCCGGCAACGACCCGGUGGACACCCUGCUGAAGACGCCCGUCCUGAAGAAGAACGUGGAAAAGACCCUGGCGUGCCGCAACGGCCAGCUGGACAUCUUCCUCCGCUUCGUGGUGGCGCUGGCCCGAGAGUGGGUGUCCGCCCGCUGUUACGCGAGGACGGACGAGUACGCCUUCAUGGUGGUGGAGCACGUCAAGGACAAGCUCCUGGAGAACCCCACGUCGGACAGGUGCAUCAACCUGCUGUACUGCCUCGACGACUUGGACUACGACACCCUGCGGCAGCAGGUGAUGCGCUACCUCAACACCCGGAGGGCGCCGUCCAACUCGCGGUACACGGCCGUGGAGUGGGCCUUCCUGGCCUACCAGGUGCUGGCCAUGGCGGGGGGGCAGGAGGUCUUCGAGCUGAACGUGUCGGCCUCGUCCGACACGGCGAUCAUUGGAUGUCUCCCGGCGAUCGCGGCUACCAGGAAAGCUUUUUUACGGUUCUGUAACCUGACGGACAACUGCUGCGAGCCCCUGGCCACCAUCCUGGGCUCGGACACGUCCUACCUGAGAGAGCUCGACCUGGGCUUCAACAACAUCACAGAGCAGGGCCUGUGGACGCUCAACAAAGGCAUAAAGGACCGCAACUGUCGACUGGAGAAGCUGUGUCUGUCCGGGAGCAAAAUCACCCCUGACGGCUGGGGGGUCCUGAGCCUGAUACUCAGGUCCAAUCGCUACUUGAAGGAGGUAGACAUAAGCGGGAACAACAUCGGCGGGGAGGGCUUGAAACGUCUCAGCGAUGAGAAGAUCUCCCCCGACAGUGAGCUGUGCUCACUGAACCUCUCGUAUUGCAAAGUGGAUGCAGGAGCCUGUCGGAAACUAGCUGCCGUUUUGGAUUCGUAUUGUAGCAAACUCAAAGAGCUUGAUUUGAGCAUCAAUAACAUUGAAGACCAUGGCCUCGCAACAGUCCUAAGAUCACUAAAUGGAAUUAAACUAGUGAAGCUUGAAUUGUGCCAUUGUAAACUGACAGAGAAGGCCUGUAGUAUGCUUGGGGAUUUUCUGAAAUUCAUCACUUCCCUGAAAGUCCUGAACUUGAGUAGCAACACUCUGAAGGAUGUCGGGAUCAGCAAUCUCUGCAAGGCCCUGGUGGAUCCCAAAUGUCAAAUAGAGACACUCAAUCUUGCCAGCUGUGAGAUGACUGAGAAAGGCUGUGAGGCCCUGACCAAUGCUGUGCACUCGAACCCCGAGCACCUGAAACACCUUGACCUGAGCAGAAAUAAAUUUGGCGACGCCGGCGUGAGCAAGCUAGCUCCCAUUUUAAAGAGUCCACACAAUCAACUAGAGAUCCUCAGGCUGAAUGACUGCCACCUGACGGAGAGGAGUUGCACGUGGCUGGUCGAGGGCUUGGUGAAGGACCCGUGCACGCUGAGAGAGCUGGACCUCAGCAACAAUGACCUGCAGGACCAAGGAGCGAAGCGGCUCUGUGAUGGCCUCAGCCUGCCUGUCUGCAAACUGGAAAUACUGCUACUGAGAAGCUGUGCUCUCACCAUGUUGAGCUUCACACAUCUGAGAGAGGCCAUUAAGGCCAACCCCUCACACCUGACAGAGCUCCACCUGAUGGGCAACCAGUUCAAAGAGGUGGCCAUUCCCAUCCUCACCAGCUUCAAGAAGGACCGGAGCUUCAAGAUGGCUGUCCUAGACAUCGAGGGGGAGCUGGAGGAAGUCUGUGGCGAGGCCGUGCCGGAAUGUUGUGUCUUUGAAAGCAAGACGAAGCAACGAGAAGCAUCCAUGAACAGAGUGACUUCAUUUUGUUUUUGUUAAACUGUUUAAGAAACUUUUGUGCACAAAACUGUAACAUGUUUGUCAUUUGAAAAUCGGUAAUGUUUUUGCAUUGUAGAGUAUUUGCAUAUUUUAUAAGACUGCAAACUGCAUCUGUAUAAUUUGAGUUAAACGGUUUUCCUAUG